UAUUACCCCAUAUUAGACUUCUGAUCGAAUUCGAAACGCUAGAAGAAUUCCCCUUUGUGGCGGGAUUUAUUGCUGUACUCUGAUUCCACCUUCAUGUACAUGUUUACCCUCAUGUGCCUCGCUCCAAAAACGAACCAAAUCAAGAUUUCCCCGUCCUCUCGUCUCGUUCGUUUUGCAUGUCACCGCUGAUGUUUGGCACGCGGGGCGGCACGGAAAAGGCGAACUCUCUGACAGCCCACAAUGGCGACGAAACCCAGGUUAUGCAUUGCAAAUAUGUCUGGGUCUGGAACAAGGUUGCAGCUUGUAAUGCAGUCUUUGGAUUCCAAAAAAAAAUCUGUAUUGCGUGACCAGCAACAGGAGUCCAGUUUGUGUUCUCACGCGGAGAGGGCGUUUCUUAUGCGGGAUAGGCAUCAGAGAGCCCUCAAAAAAUCUGUGAUGCUAGAGAAUGCAUAUACAGGCAUCAUGGGUCAUACAAAAUAUGCAUGACAAUAAAUCCCGGAAUCUUCCAGACGACCCAGACAUAUUUGCAUUUGAUACAGGUGGUGGCCAUGCGCAGCCGGGACUCGGAGAACCUGGUCCUCACCGAGGACGCGUUUCAAACGAUAUUAACCACAGGAGAUGAAAAUGGACCCCAGGGGGAUCAUGCCCCAGUCACAAUUCUUGAAGGGCUGAACCGAAAUAGGGCGAUCAGCACGAACUCGCCCAGCAUGGAGCAGCACGACGGCGACUCGCCGACAGCAGGGGGGGAUAAUUUAUUUUCCCCGGGGGGUAACACGAGGUCGAAAAACUCGUCCUCCGGCCGGGCCCCGCACGAAUCGCCCUCGUCCGCAUCAGAUCGCGGGGAGAUGAUCGGCCGGAUGACCUCCGCAGAGUUGAACUACGCGUCGGCGGUCCUGCGGAAGGAAACGGAAAAGGGCCUGCAGCAGCGCCAGUCAGAGCGGGACUUGGCGGAUGACGACUCCGGGGAAGAGGUGACCUACAUGAACCCAAGUUUGAAAAAGAAAGACGCAAAGAAAGUGGGCGCUUUUGCCGGCGUGUUCGUGCCCACGUGCGAAAACAUGUGGGGCGUGCUCAUUUUCCUGCGGUUCUACACGAUCGUCGGGAACGCAGGGGUGGGAUUGGCGCUGCUCGCGGUGUUUUUGUCCUUCUCCAUGGCAUUCCGUACUUUUUUUGUUUUGCUUUGGAUUUCUUGCGAAAGUUUGGACUAUGUGCUGGAAAUCAGAAAACCAAAACUGUAUAAAGGACGAUGCACGCAGCUUGAUGCAAUUGCAGUGUUUAACGCGGCCAAAUUAAUCAGCAUGUGAAUGUGAUCUGAAAUUGUUAUUCUUUUCUACAGUGACCGCAUCUUCGAUGUCCGCGGUCGUUUCUUCUGGCGGCUUCGUCAGUGAAGGCGGCCCCUACUACAUGAUCUCCCGGGCAAUGGGCCCGGCUAUCGGUGUCACAGUUGGUCUGCUCUACUGGCUCGGGAUAUCGCUGCUGGCAGUGCUGGAGACCCUAGGUAAAUGUCAAACACUAACAUGAUUCACACUGCUUGCUAUGCGAUACCGAUUUUUCUUCUUGGUGUCGUUUUUCUUGUUUGAUGCCACCGCCAUCUUGUCUGCUUGCAAAGGAUAGAAAACGAACACCACGUUGCUGCAUGUCAUAAAACUACGAAAAAAUCACAGGCGCCGUCGAGGCCUUGCUAAUCGCGAGGCCAGAAUUGAACAGCGGCGGUGCCAUGCGGGGCUUUGGGAGUAUCGUGCUCCUCGGGAUGGUGCUGAUGGUCUACAUGGGCAUCAAAUUUGUGACCAAAAUGGGUGUCGUGUUCGUCGUGGUGGUCUUUUUCACCCUGUUAAUGUUCUACGUGGGGAUUUUCAUGACCGACGGCUCGGAGACUGCCACGGGGGGGACCAAUUUUAAGGGCCCCGACGGGCAAGUAACGGGGAUUUCGGCGUCGACCUUGGAGACGAACCUGGGGAGCCACUUCGGUGACGGGGUCGAUUUCGGCGUGGUGAUGUCUCUGUUCUUCCCCUGCUUCACCGGAAUUCUCUCCGGCGCCAACCGGGCGGACAUUCUGAAAAACCCGCCGAGGGACUUGAAGGUCGGGACCCUCGGCGCAAUUACGUUUUCCCUCGUCAUGUACUCGACCUUCAUGAUCUUUUGGGGCGCGGUAGCGAAAUACCCCUACCUGCGCGGGGACUGGGAAGACUGCAACGAGGCCGAGGACGAGCUCUGUCGACAGAAACGAUUGCUGCAGGAUGAAACAUCAUUUUCAACUUACGGUGUAACAACGGCGCACGCGACUACCAUGGGUGAAUCAUUUGCAGCAGAAGUAGGAACUGACGCCGCAAGCACAGCGUCCGCGGCUAGAAGAAAUCUUGCUGGGGGCUCCGCCGGUGCGUACGUGUUUGAGGAAAUUGCCUGGACGCCGUUUCCCUACGCCCCGCACAUCGGGAUCAUCAUCUCAUCCAUUUCCCAAGCCCUCCAGUGCCUGAUCGUCGCUCCCCGGCUCCUUCAGGCGAUAGCGCGGGAUAACGUCAUCCCGUUACUAAAUGACGUCGCCCCCCUGUCCCGCCACGGCGAACCGAUUCGCGCGUUGUUCUACACCUACGUCGUGUGCGCUGCCCUGGUGCUUGUCGGCGAACUGAACCUAGUCGCGCCGCUGCUUACCAUGUGCUUUCUCGCGUGCUACAUCAACAUGAACUUGUCCUGCUUCAUCCUCACCUGGCUCAAGGCCCCCUCCUGGCGGCCCGCGGGGAUCCAGCGGAAGCGGUGGCGCAUAUGGUACAAGGUGUGCGGGUUGACCGGCGCGGUGCUUGGCGUGGUGAUCAUGUUAUGCAGUGCAAAAGUAUCGUACUCGUAUAAAUGCAUAUACAAACUUCCUCAGUAUGAGAAAUGAAUAUGAAAUUUGUACAUUCUUAUUUACCUUAAGAAAAAGAUAAUUUGUAAUGCAUGAUUGCAAUACGAGUGCGAUACUUUUGCACUGGAUACAUGUUUAUCGUCCAGUGGGCAUAUGCACUCGUCACCUGCUUUCUCGCCGUCGGUCUCUACGUCUACGUGGACUUUCGCGCCGAGAGUAGCGAGUGGGGCAGCGGAUUGGACGGGAUCAAAUUCCAUCUCGCGUUGAACUCCCUCCUUUCCCUGGAAGAAACGCAGAGACACAAGGUAAACUGGCGCCCCCAGGUGCUGAUCCUGUACCGCGUGCACAUGGCGGACCUAUCCGCCGCCGCGGGCAUCUCCGCAAAACGGACCAGACACCACGAGAUUCUUCAGUUUUACAGCCAGCUACGGAAAGGCCGAGGGAUGUGCGUCGUCGCGGCGGUUCUGGAAGGGAACCGGAACAGUGAGAAGAUGCUGAAGAAGGCCCGGAUUGAAAAGGACAUCAUCAUUUCCAUCAUGAAGCAGAACGACAUCCUCGGGUUCGCGCAGGUCGUCGUCGCUCCUACCUGGGCGGAGGGCGCGAAUUACAUUUUGCAGCUGACGGGUUUGGGCGGCUUAGUCCCUAACACGGUGUUGAUGGCCUGGCCCUCCAACUGGGCCUCCCAGCCCCUGGCGAUCAAGCGCGAAAAGGCCGUGGCGUUCUGCGACAUUGUCACCGCGGCGCACGCGGAAGACAAGACGAUUUUGAUUGCGAAAGACCCGAAGGAUUUUCCCCUGCAGCCGUGCCACGGCACAAUCGACGUCUGGUGGAUGAUCCACGACGGCGGACUGAUGAUUCUGGUGACCUGGCUUUUGCAGCAACACAAGAUCUGGCGGGACUGCAAGAUGCGGGUUUUCACCGUGAUGGAAAACAUCACGGAGGAGGAAGCGUCCAUCGCCGCCCGGGUUUUGACCCAGACACUGCAGAAAAAGCGCCUACUAAACGUGGACGUGGAGGUGAUUAUGGCGGAACACGCGUUCGUCGAACCCUUUUCGCACCACGCCGACCACCAAAACGAGCACUCCACCCUGGAUCUCUUCUACGAUAGCAUUGCGGACGUGGAGCGACAGGCGGCGCAUCGAGAGCGGCUGUCGGGGGGGAGCAACGGCGUGUUGGCGAACGGGCCCUAUUCCGGCGCGACCCCCGGGGCGCUCGUGGCGAAUGGCAUGAGUGGAAAUGGCUUGUUGAACGAGGCGGACGCGCGGGCGGACGCGGAACGGGCCGCGUUCUUGGAGGAACUGGAAAAAAUGUCCCUGAACAGCGGCGAGAAGGCGCACCGACCCCACCGCGGACUCCCGCAAACGAUUGAAGACUUGCUUCCGCAAAAGAAGCACAAAAAGUCGGUCGCGAUGGCGCGGGAGAGCGAACAGAUCAACAUCGCAGCCCGAGGCAGCAACAACCUCAAUCUCGCAGCCGCAAGAGUGUCCGGAGCCGCUGACUCAGCGAUAGGGGUUGCAGGGGGGGACUCGCCGCACGCAACGGUACUUUUUAUGAUCACGACGUAGCACUGGCACUGGCUGUGUUUAAUACGACGUGUUGCACCGUCAUGGAUACGAAAGUGUUGUCAUAAACCAAAGUUCAGAAUGAUUUGAAAGCCUUUCCUGUGUUUGUUCUUUUGGAGAAAAAAAUCCAACGAUGUUGAAAAACCGCCAAUCAAAAAUUUUCAUCAGAACUCCUGCCCGGAUAUCGUGGUUACUAGGGAUGGUGACCCUCGGUUCAGUUCCUCGUCUGCGACGGCCGGCACGCGCGAUGUAAGCGGGCGCGCGAUGCGUAAAAAGAGCUUUUCCGUGCUGACCGUGGGCCGCGACGACGAGGUGAUCGAAGCGACGACCCCGGGAGGCCACAUUCUUCGGGACCGCAAGGUUGGUACGUGUGACGAGGACGAGGAGCAGAUCGUUAUACGGGAACUGCAGUGCCAGACCGCCGCCCCGCCGGCGCGGAACACCGAGCAGCGGGCGCACCAGAACGGGGCCGGGGCCAAGCAGCAAGCCACCACCAAAGUGGUGCGGGUAGACCAGAUCAACGCGCCAAAUGGAAAUGGCGGUGCAAAGAACGGCGGCAUUCCCCCGGGGAGGCUGUCCUCCUCGUCCUCUGCCUCGGCGGACGGUGCGCUGGCGCAGAUCGCGGUCGCGAAACAGGGAUCUAGCAGCCGCAGCUACGACGCAGACGCGGUCCUCCUGGACGAGGGAAAAACUGGCGGGGAUCGCCAAGUGCCGCAUGCCGUCAGCACGGGAGCAGGUAUACAAUUGCCUGUCAGACGUUAGGGUCAGUAUGUGAAAGUGUACAUUAUGAGAUGCGACACCGUGCUGGUCCGUGUUUUGAGAGAAGGAGAAGACAAGAGUUUGUCGCGCAGCCCUUCCCCUUCCGACAGGGCAUCUAGUUCUGUUGCAAUCAAUCUAUUAUCACGAUCACGAUCUUGGUUCGACCGCUCAAAAACACUACUUAUAUCGUAUCGUAUCAGUUCUCGUCGCGCAGCGCAACAGUGCAGCCCCGAGUAAGCCUGGAGACAUGAGAUCCGUGGAUGACAUCGACCUCCACCUGCCAUCGGAGGGCCUCCGAGAUCAGGCGUCCUCCGCGACACACCAGAGCUCGGUGUCCUGGGGCCGGCACUUCCAAGGACGGUCCAAUCCCGUCACAAUCGCCCUGCAGAACGAAACGCGUGGCGGCUCCAAUUCUAGGCAAGGGAGUAAGGGGAAAAGCAGCUCGCUCCCGGAAAUUCCAGAGCAGCACAGCUUGCUGUACUAACGAAUUGUGGUUUUGCUUCUUUAAAUAAUAUCCUUGGUUUGGUCUGCUCGCUCUCGCAUGAGCAAUUCACUCAAGUUCCAUUAGUACUGCUAUGUUGCACUCGCGCCGCCGUGUUGGCACAACGGCGCGGCAACUUCUUCAUAAUUGAGGGACCAUAGAAACAUAGACGAGCUGACUCAAAGGCUUGUAGAUUUUGCAGCGUCCGUAGAUAUGUAGUGCAUGGAAGUCCUCGAGGACGGAGCCCGGGAGACUUUCAUGCGCUCCGUCCCUGGUCCACAUGCGGUCGGUUGCUUGAAAGGAUGAAGCAAACAACCGACCCAAAGAAAACGCAAAGUGACUACAUUCCAUGGGCCCUAGCUUCCGCCGGGGCUACUGACCCAACGCGGCAUCAAAAAGCCUCAGUGGCCUAACGGGCGGACGGGGGGGCAAGUCGGCUGCGCCGAGUGCCGGGAGCCGGGUCAUUUGCGAACGCACCCUGCCAGAGGCAUCGCCGUGGCCACGGAGGUAGUUAGAAGCAAGCGCACAAGGAAGCGCAAAACUCAAGAAACGCGGCAGCAGGCGUAGAAGUAGGCGCAGGAGUAGGGGAAGAACUAGGCGCAUUCAUAGGCGUAGAAGUAGGCGUAGAAAUAGGCGUAGAAGUAGGCGUGGGAGUAGCCGUAGAAGUAGGCGUAGAAGUAGGCGCAGAAGUAGGCGCAGCAGUAGGCGUAGAGGCAGGCGUAGCGGUAGGCGUGGGAGUAGGCGUGGAAGUAGAAGUAGGCGUAGCAGUCGGCGUUGGUUCAGGUUGUUGGGGUAGCAGUCGACGUAGUCGAAGCGGCAUCGCGGGGGGCGAGGGGUACAAGAGCAGAGGCCUUACCAAGGGCGUAGCCGUAGUGGCGCUGCUAGGGGCGAGCGUGCGAGGGAGUAAGGCCCACCCGUUUUCCUUGCGCAUGUUGGGCGGGAUGGCGCCGAAGUGACACGGCUGGACGGAGCGCAGGGGCGGCGGCCGCGCGCUUUCGAAACUAACAACCGUGCCCCGAGUCUUGCGCUGCCCGCCCGCGCGGCUGCAUGCUGACUAGCGCCGAGGGGGCGCGCCACCAAGCGAAACCAGGGACGGAGGGCGGCACAAUGGGUGGCCGGGGUGGGGGGAGAGUCGGCCUGCCAGGUCGCUACCUCCCGGCUUGCUUAUAUAUUUACGAAAGUGCUGCGCCCCGCCAUUUUUUUCAUCCUAGCCGAGACCCUGACCCGGGGCCGCCUCGCCCGCGCUGCUAGCUUGGCUCGGGCGUUUGGGGCACAGCCGCUGACUGGCGCGCUAGCGCUAGCUUCCCCCAGAGCACGGCGCUUGCCCCCUCGCCCGGCCCCGUGGCCCCCCCGGUCGGUGGCCUGACCCACCCUGCCCCCACCCACGCGGGGGAGGGCGGCGGCCGUCUUCUUCCAAAAGACUGGCUGCAGGAGUGCGCCGCCGCUGUCCCCUGGGAGGGCGGGCGGCGGAGAGCAGCGGGCCUCGACCUAGUCGCCGCAAGAUAGCGGCAACAUGCCCCCGAUACGUACUUACGGCCGCGACAUAUUUUGGCAGCUACUUGCGCCAGCGUGUCUGUUUAUUGCGUGUGGACGCUUCCUCCACCGCUUUGGUGCAAAGGAGAAAAUGGCUGGCGCAGGGGGAAAAAACAGGGCCCCUGGACGUUCCCGGGCGGGCGCUAGGGGAGCGGGGGCGUAAGGGGCGCAGGCCGGCGGGAACGGGUGCGCCGCGAGAGCAACAAGGGGCGGCCCGGGGCCUGCCGGGGUCGCAGUCACACCCAUAGCAGGGACCCAACCUGGGUGCGGUGGGGGUUGUUCGCUAGCUCUCCGAAGGCGGGGCGGUUAGGUCUUUGCCGGCAGGGCGUUAGGGUUAUUAGAAGGCGGGCCCCAUAUGUGCUACCAGGAGCAGGAGCAAGAGGCCCUACCAGGGGCAAGAAGUUCUAUCAGGCGCAAGCUGUGCAUGUGCCUGCCGAGGCGAGAUAUAACGCAUUGCGAUGGAAAGGGGGCGCUAACACUACAAGGAGCAAGAAGUCCUACCAGGGGCGAGGCGUAUGCGCAGGGACAAGAUGCAUUGCGAGGGGCAAGAUGCACUGUGAGGGGCAAGAUGCACUGCGAGGGGCAAGAUGUACUGCGAGGGGCAAUAUGUACUGCGAGGGGCAAGAUGUACUGCGAGGGGCAAGAUGUACGGCGAGGGGCAAGAUGUCUCGCGGGGGGCAAGAUGUACUGCGAGGGACAAGAUGCACCGCGAGGGGCAAGACCUAACGCAAAGCCUUUGCGUUAGGUUCGACCUAACUGCAAACUUCUUACUUGCCCUUUGCGGCAAAGGGCAAGUAAGAAAUACUGCCAGGGCUAAGGGGCAGGCGCCAGCACGCAGGGGCAAGAGGUUCCACCAGGAGCAGGGCGCACCGCGCGGGGGGCGACGAGGGGCGCUUUUAUAUUGAAGGGGGCAAGCGGUUCCCUUCUGAGCGAGGGGGCAGGGGCGCCACUGCGUCCAGGGCUCGGGGUAUUUUUGUAGCGCCUAGGGGCUUCCUUGUCGUGUAUCGUGCCGAACCGCUACAGCUUAAGCCGUAGAAUUUGUCGCAAAUAUUUUCACAGUAGCAUGCACUUUACGAAAAAAAGCGGGCAGAUACAUGAAAAGUUCUAGAGCUCGAGCCCCAGAAACGCUUCAGCUUUUGUCGUAGUAGCAUGGUGAUUCAGUUUGUGGGCAGACGUCAUGUCUGUCGUGGUUUUUGGUCGUGUCCUACGGCUAGACCUUCAUCUUUUGAGUCUCUGCCGUGCGUAUUAGCAAAUAGGAAAAGAACUAGUUUGAAAAGCCCUAGGGAUUUGCUUCAGGUUUUCUGCAGGUCGAGCCGCAAUUUCUAAUGCUGUUUGAGGGUCUCAGAACUUUCGUCUACAGCCUUUGAGUCAAGUUCGGAUUAGUCUAUAGACUAUAAAACUACUAGUUGAGGAUAAAUAGCGCUGCAUGGUGAUAUCUCACAUCAAUCAAUUUAUCGCCCAACAAAAAUUUUAUCCUCAGGGCCUUCCGCCGUUUGAAUUCGAUCAUCCAAGCACGUUCCCGACGGGCGGAGCUGGUGAUUAUGAACUUACCGGACCUCUGGGACCACUCCGACCCCAACGAGUGUGUGCGCUAUAUCCGUUGCGCUGAAACGCUGGUGGACAAAAUCGAUCGGGUUCUCUUUGUCCACGGCUCGGGUCACGAGGUCUUCGAUAUCGGGGCGUAG